UGCGCAGCAAGCGCGGCAAACUUGUUCUUUCCUGUACAGUUUCAUCAUAACUGACAUCACAGUCUAUCGAAAACAAAGCAAUUUAGGUGCGCAAUUGUUUGCCGGCGAACGUCCCUGCCACGCUCUGCUCCCAAUUGUUUCUCACUUGGUUAACCGCCUGAAAAACUCAUACCCAAAUAUGUCGGAGAAGCUCAGUGACGACAAAUGCAAUGUAACGAAGCUAUUUGGUGAACUGUGGCGAGAAUCACUCAAGCAGCGCAUCAUCGAGUCCACCAAAGACCAGCAGGAUAAAGAAAAGAUAGCCGAGAUCAUUAAGCGCGAAAUCGAUGAGUUUCUGCGCACGUUCCCGUUUCGGGAUCGGUUUAAGCUGCAACCCGACACAAAGGACAACGCAAAAGCGAUGGCGGCCCGUAACCGUGGCAAUGAACUGUUCACCCCUUUGAUCGGUGAGUACUUGGAGUCGCUCCAGCACUACAACGAAAGUAUCGCGUACUCGGAGCCAGGUUCCGAAGCAAGAGCGCUCGCGUACGGUAACCGUUCGGCGGUCUGUCUGAAGUUUGGCCUGUACGAAGAGUGCUUGGAAAACAUACGCUUAGCAAGGGCCUCGAAGUAUCCGGUGCGAUUGGCGUACAAGUUGAAGAAGCGCGAGCAGCACGUGAAGCGAUGCAUCGUUAAAGAUGCUGGUGUAUUUCCGGACAAGGUUAAACAUACGCCUGGAAAGUACCGGCCACGUGACUCGGGCCAUCCGGCACUGCAAUUGAGCUAUGAGGCACACGCAAACGUUCCCCAGCUAGUAAAAUGUGUGGAACUGCGUCAGAAUAAGGAAUUUGGUCGUCAUUUGGUGACGACGCAGAAUCUGAAGGCAGGAGACGUGUUUUUGAUUGAGAAGCCGUACGCAAACUUACUCUGCGACACAGAACGGUACAAGCGUUGCGCUUUCUGUCAGAAUGAGGACACGUUUACGCUCCUUCCCUGCGAGGGAUGCACCGUGACGAUGUACUGUUCGGAAGAAUGUCGUGACAAAGCGCACAAGCAGUAUCAUCGGUACGAGUGUGGCGUGCUGCGUGACUGUUGGCGCAUUGUUGGCCUUUUGUUGAAGGGCAUGGUGGGAUUGCGUACGGUUGCCACGGCUUUUGCAUCCUUCGACCAGGAUCUCGAGGGAUGGAAUGAUCAUCUGAACACGCUGGACGAAAUGAAUGUGAAUGCAUUCAGGAUGGAUUGGAACAAUGCAACGGUCAACGAUAUCUACGACACGAUACACGUGCUCGCCACGAACCAGAAGCGGCGUGGUCGGAAAGAUCUGGGGGAGCUAAUAUUUUUCGCCUCCAUCGUGCACCGACUGCUGCUGGAACGCACAGACUUUGGACCGUUGUGUGAGUCAAAGCCCGCAAGAAGCAAACUUCUGUUCGAUCUGCUGCUACGCCACGUGCAAACUUCCCUGAUCAACAAGAAGCGGGUGCUGCACAUGGAACGUGAGGAGGACGAUGAGGAGGAGGAGGACAAUUAUUUCGGCUUUGGCGAUAGCGUUGACGAAGCGAAAGAAAUUAACCACUCAGAGCAAACGCAUGCGAUUGCCGUUUACCCGCUGUCCAGCAUGCUCAACCACAGCUGCGUACCGAACGUGGCCCCGAUCAAUUUGCUCGAUGGCCGGUGUGCUUACAUAGCCGGUCGACCAAUCGCUGCCGGAGAGCAGCUGUUCGAUCUUUACGAUGUUUCUUCGAUCAAUUACCACUGGUCGCUCAGAAAAUAUAGCCUGAAACGCACCUUCUUUUUCAAGUGUCACUGCGCAGCAUGCCAACAAAAUGUGCACGUCACUCUCGACAGUGUCGUCCGAGCGGAUCCCAACUAUACCCUGCUGCUGCGCGUGCUGGAUAAGGUGGAGCAUAAAAUACCGUUCCUGGUGCAGUACUUGAACCAUGCGGGGCGGCACUAUCCUAAGCAUUAUUUAAUGGCUACCGAACUGCUGCUGCCGCACGCCUUGCGUAUGAGGCACGGCUACUGCAAGGAUGAUGAUAUACGUAACCCGAUUCGGGAGGUCGACGACACGGGUUUGGUAGCUACUUUGAGUCGAAUUCUACUAGCGAGUCAGAUAUAGUGGAGCAAAUCGAGGAGUUUUUGUGUGUGUAGAUUUCGUUCACCUUCAAAGAGGAGUACUAAUCUACUGAAGAAGAAUGCCAUUAUUAUGUUCUGUUUUACUAUUAGAAUAUAAUCGAACUUUUAUGCUGCUCCUACUACAGCAAUAAUAUAGUUGAUUUGAUUUUUUCCGUUUUUUACCGUUUACCGUUUUUUCCUUUUCAUUACCAAACUAAACAAGCAAAUCUUAAAACGAAAUCGCACGGUUAGCGUAUUUGUUGGUUGUUUGUCAAAUUGUCAGACUGUACAGCGUUGAUAACAGUUUUAUCCCUAAUAAAACAAACAGCAAUUUCGUUUGAUUUUCGUUCCGAAAAACGAAGCGUUACAUUUAAUUUCAAUGGUUUCGACCUUAUAAUUAACAAUUUGCAAGGUGAAAAACGACCGUAAUGAAAACGUUAUGACAACCGACUAGUAACGCUCGUUUUUGUAAACGGAAUUUUCCACAGUUGUAAUAUCAAUAAUAGGAAAACAUAAGUUAAAUUUGUAUUCAAUUGUUGGUUUGAACUGGACUGUAGAGAUAAACUAACAGCAAUUUAGUUUGGAUUUUGUUGUGUUUUCGGGUGGACCGACCGAUAAAAAGAAGCGUUACAAUGAGUUAGGCCGCUGCCAGACAAUUAAAAAAACUACCGUAACGAAAAAGUUGGGCAACCAAAAAGUAACGCUUGUUACGCAAAUAAA